GCUAGCGGAAGUAAAGCAAAUUGAACAAGGAGCAGCUAUUCACGAAAUUCGGUCCUUCAUGAAUCGUAUAAAAUCUUUCAUUUUCCCUCCCUUAAAUGGCCUUAAUCUUUUCUGAUACAAAUCAGAACUUGAUUCUAGAUCUAGAUCCAAAAACGAAAGGACUUUAAAUAGAUAACAGUUCUACAACUUAGAGGAACUAAUCACAUUCUGACUGUCCAUAGACAGCACUGUAAACAAAAAAAAUUGAAAUGAAACAUCAGAAAUUCUUCAAAUUGAGAUAAGAAAAGAUGUCUAUUUGAAGUAUUUGCGUGUUAAUUUAUUUGAUGAAGAAUAUAUCCAAAUGUAAUUAUUGUAAAUUAUGAUUGAAUAAUCACCUCGAUAACAUACAAAGGCUCUAGAUCUCUAUUCUACAUGUCGAAUUUUGAACAAAUAUCAGUCAGCACAUACAGAGAUCCAACUGUUUAUAACAAAGUAUUCAAACACUUUGCAUUUUUAUACUUUUUACAAGGGGUUCCAAUCGGAUUCCAAACUCGUUUUCUUCCCAUUUAUUUUAGAAAACGUGGCAUAUCACUUGUAGGUUUAUGGAUGCUGAAGCUUUUGACCGUCACUUGGGUUUUAAAACCUCUAAUUGCUUAUUACAUAUUGGAGCAAUCAAUCAAAAAGCGAUUUUUCAUGCACACCAGUUACGUUGUUUUGUGCGUGAUAUUUUUAAUAGCAUCACAGCUUCCCAUGGUUAAUUACACUGACUUUAUAGGCAUCAUGUUUCUAGUGAAUUUGACGACAUCAUUACAAGACGUAACUUUGGACAGUGUCUUAAUCGAGCUGGUCACCUCAGCACAAAUGUCCAAUGCCAACGUUGCCCAGAAUAUAUUCGGCAAAGUGGGAUCCAUGUUCUCUGGAAUCACAUUCUCUUUGCUGUCGGAUGUCGUGGGUUUGAGUCCACUAUUUUAUGUAUUAAUCUUGCUUUACUUUUGGGGUUUUAUCGUGGCCAUUAACAUAAUGGGGACGCCUCCUGUGACACCUCAGUUAAGUUCCAUCGCCCCCAACGACGAUAGAGACUUAGACGACGAAGAACUAGAACCUCCUCGUGUGUCACUCAAAUUAAAAAGAUCGAGUCACUUUCACAACACACAAUGUGGACUCUCUAAUAUAUGGCAUGUUGACGGUACUCCAUGGGGAAUUAUUUUUUUAUUGUCAUACAAAAUUGGCGAGUUAGGGACAGCAAGCAAUUUGCCAAUAUAUUUGAUCGAUAUUGGCUACUCACCUUCACAAGUUGGACUCUUGACAACAAUCAUAGGUGAACUUUUUGGUAUGGUUGGGAGUAUGACAAGCGAAGUAUUUUAUCAUCAACCUUUGUUGAAAGUUCUCCAAAUUCUGUUGGCCGCACGUACUGUGAUUGCGGCUCUGAUGUGGUUGCUAGUCGUCACUUGGGAUAAAAGCUCAUCUUUUUACGAUGACAGAGGAAGAAAAAGGAGGAAAAUCGCACCAGAUGGAGUUGACAUUGAAGACAGACUUGAAUCUCUUAUCACCAGAGUUGGAGAAAGGAGUACUUCUUCAUUGGAAAGUAAUCUGGAGGGAUUAGCCAGUGUUCUAGAAGCAGAUAUUCCUAAUUAUAAACAUCAGAUCAUGAAAAUUUUGUGUCAAUGUGUAGUCAAUUUACCAGAGAAAUUAACAGUGUAUACUACACUUGUUGGACUACUCAAUGCUAAGAACUACAAUUGUGGUGGAGAAUUUGUAGAGAUGCUUGUGCGAAACCUGAAAGAAGCUCUGAAAACUGGAGAAUUUGAGAAUGCAAGAAUGAUGGUUCGUUUCUUAUCAGAUCUGGUAAAUUGUCAUGUUUUGGUAGCUACAUCCCUCUUACAAAUGUUUGAUAGCUUUGUAGAAGUUACCCUGGAAGAUAAUAUUCCACAGGUGCGGUCUGAUAUUUACGUGUACUUGGUCUUGUCUUCACUGCCAUGGGUCGGCAGAGAGCUGUUUGAGAAGAAAGAAAGUGAUUUAAAUAGUAUGCUGGUCACCAUUGAAAAUUAUUUAAGUAAAAGACAAAAAAUUCAUUUACCAGCUUUGCGAGUUUGGCUCAACGAUGGCCCUCAUUUACAAGAAGAGUACCUUGACUGCUUGUGGGCCCAGAUAAAAAAUUUGAGGAAUAACAAGUGGAUUGAGAAGCAAAUACUCCGACCUUAUUUGGCGUUUGAUGGAGUCCUGUGUGAUGCUCUUCAGCACACACUUCCACAAAUCAUUCCUCCAUCUCACAACAAAUCAAUGGUGUAUCCUCUCCCAAGAGUUGUUUUUAGACUCUUUGACUACACUGAUGUACCCCAAGGCCCAGUGUUGCCUGGAAGUCAUGCCAUUGAGAGAUAUCUGAUUGAAGAGCAAAUUAACAGAAUUAUCCAUACUCACCAUCUGGAGAGAAAAGACUGUGCUGCUGCUCUAUUAGAGUAUCCAGCUAAGGCAAAGAUCCCUUUGAAUUACAUGAUAGUGGAGGUGAUGUUUGGACAACUGUUUGAACUGCCAAGACCUCCGUAUAUUGAGAUUUUUUACGGUUCCACAUUUAUUGAGCUUUGUAAGAACCAGCCAACAUCAAUGCCAGAAGUUCUUGCACAAGCUUCUGAAAUGCUGUUUGAUCGCUUAGACUCCAUGCAUUCAAUAUGUAUUGAAAGAUUUGUUCAUUGGUUUUCUUAUCAUUUGAGCAACUUUCAAUAUAAAUGGAGUUGGGAGGACUGGGUGGAGUGUGUGGCUAUGGAUCCCAAUGCACCUAAGUCCAAGUUUGUUAGAGAGGUGCUGCUCAAGUGUUUAAGGUUUUCUUAUUAUCAGAGAGUUGUUGAAUCUGUACCAGAAUCCUUUGCAGCCCUACUACCACCAGAACCUAAACCUAUCUACAAGUAUGAACAAGAAGGUGCAGGUUCACUGCCUGGCACCAUGCACGCUCACAAAUUAAUGAGUGCUAUAAAAAGCAAAUGCACCCCAGAAGAGGCAGCUGUGCUUUUAAAAGACUUGCCAAAUGUUUACCCAAAUGGUCAAGAGAAUGAGAACUCCUCCUUCAACCCCCUGAAGAUUGAUGUGUUCUUUUCAACUCUUCUUCACUUGGGUUCCAAGUCUAUUAGUCACUCUUUUGCUGCAUUGGCCAAAUUUCACCCCAAUUUAAAGUCAUUGGCAGAGUUCGACGAUGGAAAAAUUUGUCUCUUAAAAGUUUUGUAUGAAACAUGGAAGAAUAAUCAACAAAUGAUGGUAGUUCUGGUGGAUAAAUUGUUGCGAACUGAAGUUGUGGAGUGCUCUUCUGUUGCUAACUGGCUAUUCUCAUUUGAAAUGCAACAUGACUUUACAAGCUUUUAUGUGUGGGAAAUAAUGCAUAGUACUAUUAAGAAAAUGAGCCGCCAUGUUGACCAACUGCAGCAAGAGGUGGACAGUGCUCAUGAUAAACAAGAGGCUGCAAAAAGAAAGGAAGCUGAUGGAUUAGAAGUUGGUGAUGAUGAUAUUCCAAGUGAUGAAGCUAUUGAACGCAUGGAAGAGAAAUUAGAGGCAGCUACCAGUGCUCAAAAAAAUCUUUUCCUUGUCAUCUUUCAGAGAUUUAUCAUUGUAUUAACUGAACAUCUUGCACGCUGUGAAUCAGCUGGUGUUGACUACAACACACCUUGGUACAAAUGGGUCAUAGAAAGGCUCCAACAAGUUUUUCUGAUGCACCAUGAACUUGUCUUUCGUUACAUCAACACAUUGGAACAGCUCUUAUUCACAAGUGACAUAGAUAUUCACAUUCUGGAAGUAUUCCAACAGUUUUGUGCUUUGAGAUCUUAAGCUGUUUCAUUCUCAACUAAAUCAAAUGUUCAUUAAAUGGCUUUGUUCUCAUUUUUCUGUUACAGUGCUUUGUUUAUUUUAACAUUAUUUCAUGUAAAUAAAAACCAUUACCGGUAGUGACUUUUAUAGCUACAUGUAGCCCAAGUCUGCUGUUGGUAAUUUUUACAUGCUACAUUCAGUUUCAUGACAUAUUUUAGUGGAAACAAUUGUAUUUGAUUCUAAAUGGUUUGUUUUUAUACUUGUAGGAUGAAACUAAUUUUUCAUUCUGUACUAUAAGAAACAUUGUGUUUGUUUCUUUUCUCUACAGAGAAUGACUCAUCUUGAUGUAACUAAAACUUAAAUUUGAAACAACUGUUUUAGGCUGUAUUGUUCAGUUUUUAUCAUUGUUAAGAAAAGAAAAUUGUUAAAGCCUCUGUCAUUAAUUUCAAUGUGACUUACAAAUACAAUUUUUUGAACUGUUA